AUGCUUCUCUUUUUUGCUUUUAGUGAUACCUUAGCGAGAAAGACAUCAGCAAAUGAAACGGAUGAUAACGAUGACGACGAUGAUGAUAAGGAGCAAGUACUAAACUGUAUCUUGCUCUUCCAUUUUAUGAUCAUUAUUUGUCCUUCUAGUGGUCAAUUUGGUGAUGCCGGAAAAGAAAAAAAAGGUGAAAAAGAUACAGCAGGCUACGAUGAAGAUGACGAAAUAAGAAAAAACUAA